GCGCCACAUUCAGUUUCUGACCGGCGAUCGAAGCGACGCGCGGUUCCUGGUCGGGUUCGCGCAUCUCUCUCUCAGGGAGUCCCUCGGGAUUCCACCUCUGUCUCGGAUCUCGGAUCCCCAGAGGAUCGCGGAUCUCCCGUUGUCCCGCCGUCUCGUCCUGUUCGCGGUUUCGUAAUAGGGGUGGUGAGGGAGAGAAGGGCAACGUAGUGACCGUGGUGAUCGCGACGCGUUAUAUACAUACACGCGGUCAUCGAGGAUGCUGCGAGACUCGUGUUCGCUCGAAGCCAUUGAUCCUCCAAUCGAAACGAUUCAGUGACGCCUGUGCGGGACUCGCGCGACGAUAAGGCUAAUCGGGAUAAGUGGAGAUAAAUAACGCAAUCUAACGAUCUGUCUGUACAAUUAUUUCUCUUCUUGAGUAUUCGGUUUGUGUAUCGUAGUGUGAUUGUGUGUUAGAAAUAAUAACAUUUUAAUCUUGUAAUCGAUCAGCGAAUUAAAAUUUUCGCGGAAAUCUUAUUUAUAUAUAUAUAUAUAUUACGGAUAAUUCUCUCUUUUUACAUUAAAUGCGAAAAUUAUAUGUAUAUAUAAUUGUAAACUUAUCUUUUUGAAUCUUAAAUCAAUUCAAAUUUCUCUAUAAUCUAUUAAUAUUAUUAUUAACUCUUACUACUGUUAAUUUUACUUCGUCAAGCGGUAUCAUCCAGCGUCAAUGGAUGACAAUCUCGUUCAUCGAGGAUAGCUGAUUGUUCGAUUAAUGGAAUGUCGAUGUAAAUAGCGAGAUUUACGAGGUUACCGAAGCUCGUCGUCGACGGAAAUCGUUCGCAAUCUCGAGUAAAUAUAAUAGAAAUGGAGCUGAACCCGUGCUGCAGCUUCGUAGGGAUAGUAAAUUAUCUUUACACGAGAAGCUUGCAUCGGAAACGGCGACGAUCGGCGCCCAGCAUUCCACGAUCCUGGGUAUUAAAGGAGUCGUCAAGUAGCCAAAAUUUAAAUGUAUAGACGUAGUUGUGCUGCGCUAGAUCGCUAACAAUAAGAGCCAAUACAAUGCAUCGUCCCGAGUCAAGUGAUUCUGGAGGUUUUUGCGCACGUAGAAGAUCGCCCCAGGCAAUCGCAAUGGCUACGCUAUCUUUGCGCAUCUCCAUACCGGAGAAGAAUGCCACCAAGAUGAUGCAGUUUGAUCCCAGCACAUCGGUUUACGACGCUUGUCGCAUUAUCAGAGAAAAACUCGCCGAAGCCAGCAACAUGGGUCAACCGAAAGACUACGGCCUGUUUCUCGCUGAUGAGGACGUGAAGAAGGGAGUUUGGCUCGAACCCGGGCGAAAUCUCGACUAUUACAUCCUAAGAAACGGGGAUCUGCUCGAAUACCGUCGUAAGCUCCGUACUCUCCGAGUUCGCAUGCUGGACGGAACGCUGAAGACCAUGUUGGUGGAUGACAGCCAACCCGUGGCAAAUCUCAUGGUGGUGAUAUGUACGAAGAUAGGUAUCACGAAUCACGACGAGUAUUCUUUAGUACGCGAGCUAGUGGACGAGGAAAACGAAAAUCAGAAAGCCGGAAAUUUUGGUACUCUCACGUUGAAGCGAAAAAAGGAGGAGAAAGGGGAAAGAGACGCUAAGAUGGAACAAUUGAGGAAGAAGUUAAAAACCGAUGAUGAAGUUAAUUGGAUAGAUCCAAGUAAGACUCUGCGCGAACAAGGCAUAGAUGAAUCCGAAACGGUUCUGUUGAGGAGGAAAUUUUUCUUUUCGGAUCAAAACAUCGACAGUCGCGAUCCUGUACAAUUGUCGCUAUUGUACGUGCAAGCGCGAGAUGCGAUUCUAGAUGGUACACAUCCGAUUACGCAGGAAAAAGCUUGUGUUUUCGCCGGGAUCCAGUGUCAAAUUCAGUUUGGCGAUCAUAAGGAGGAGAAGCAUAAGCCAGGUUUUCUGGAUCUUAAGGAAUUUCUGCCGCAAUCGUAUGUGAAAGUCAAGGGAAUAGAGAAGAAGAUCUACGCAGAGCAUAAGAAACACAUCGGGCUCUCGGAGCUGGAUGCCAAAGUCCUAUACACCAAGACCGCCAGAUCGCUGAACACGUACGGUGUCACGUUCUUCUUGGUAAAGGAGAAAAUGAAAGGCAAGAACAAAUUGGUGCCGCGUUUGCUCGGCGUGACAAAGGACUCAGUCCUGCGACUCGACGAGAAAACGAAGGAGAUCCUGAAGACGUGGCCGUUGACGACUGUGCGACGAUGGGGCGCCUCACCGAACACUUUUACCCUCGACUUUGGCGACUACUCCGAUCAAUAUUACAGUGUGCAGACUACCGAAGCGGAGCAGAUACUUCAACUGAUCUCCGGUUAUAUCGAUAUUAUUCUGAAAAAGCAAAAAGCGAAGGAUCAUUUCGGUAUCGAGGGAGACGAGGGAUCUACCAUGGUGGAGGACAGCGUGUCGCCUCUGAAGGCCACCAUCAUGCAACACGAGACCAGCAAUGUCGGUAAAGGAAACGUAGAAGCUGUCUCGGUUGCCAUACCAGCUGUCAUGAGAGCCGGAGGAGAUGGGGCCCGACCAUACGGAACCGGUCACAUAGGUGGUGCCCAGUACACGACCGUCAGCGGACAGGUGAACAUCGCUCAUGCCCCACCUAUGGUCCAGCAAACUAAAGUGACAUCCGUCCUAUCCGAACCGCAACGUGCCUUAUUGUCGACCAUCAGCGCCGGUCACGAGGUGAUCCAUAUCGCCGAGAUGGAACUGUCUACGAAGGCUCAGCUGCCCGAAUUAGGGACAGAUCCAGCAUCCUUGAGAUGGAUCGAGCAGACGAUCGACACCCACAAACAGAACGUAGGCUCGCAGAUCGCGGCGAUGAACGCCGCGACCGCGCAGGUGGUUACGUUGACCUCGGGACCAGCGGAUGAUGUCGAUCAUACCGCGGUGGGAGCCGCGAUUACUACGAUCGCUACGAAUCUACCGGAGAUGACCAAGGGCGUGCGAAUGAUAGCUGCUCUCAUGGACGAUGACUCGUCUGGUGAGCGUUUAUUAGAUGCCGCCAGGAAGCUUUGUUCGGCCUUCUCGGACUUGCUGAAGGCCACGGAGCCGGAGACCAAGGAGCCACGGCAGAAUCUUCUGAAUGCUGCAUCGCGAGUGGGCGAAGCAUCACAUCAAGUAUUGACAACCAUUGGCGAAGAGGAUGACUCGAAUCGUGAACUGCAGGAUAUGUUACUUGCGCUUGCCAAGGCCGUCGCUAAUACCACCGCUGCUUUGGUAUUGAAGGCAAAGAACAUAGCGGCCACAUGCGAAGACUCAGCUACACAGAACAGGGUGAUAUCAGCCGCGACGCAAUGCGCACUGGCCACAUCGCAGCUCGUAGCCUGCGCCAAAGUGGUGGCGCCGACCUUACACUCGCCUGCUUGUCAGACGCAACUGAUGAACGCCGUGCGCGAGGUAACCAAAGCCGUAGAGCGUCUGGUUCAAGUCUGCAAUGAGACAUGUAACGAUGAGAAUCUACUGAAGGAAUUGAGUAUCGCUGCCAGUGAGGUCAGCCGCACUCUGAACGAUCUUCUCAAUCACAUCAAGACUGCGACCAGGGGAGAACGCGCUAAAGAGUCCAUUCAGGAAGGCGCAGUGGAAACUAUUUUAGUUGCAACAGACAAACUGUUCGCCAGUACCGGUGAUGCCGGUGAAAUGGUGCGGCAGGCGCGAGUGGUUGGUCAAGCUACAGCGCAGUUGAUUCAGAGUAUCAAAGGGGAAGCGGAGAGACAAACAGAUUCAGAGCAACAGCAACGGCUUCUUGCAGCAGCAAAACUGCUUGCUGACGCCACAGCCAAGAUGGUGGAGGCGGCGCGGCAGUGCGCUAGUAGUCCGCAUGAUGCAAGGAUGCAGGAUCAACUUCGCCAGGCAGCAGAGGAAUUACGAGCGGCGACUACAGUGGCAGCGACUCCGGCGUUACGCAGAAAGCUCAUCACGCGUCUGGAAGCGUGCGCCAAACAGGCCGCGUCUACGGCCACGCAGUGCAUCGCGGCGUCUUCCGGUGUCGGACAUCACAACACAAAUCCGGCCAGCCAGGAGGAACUUAACAUGGAGUGCCACACGAUAGCGCAACAUAUUCCUCAUUUGGUAUCGGGAGUAAAAGGCACGCAGGCACAGCCGGACAAUCCUACGGCGCAACUAAAUCUGAUAAACGCUUCUGAACAGUUUCUGCAACCAGGUACUGCCGUGGUGAAGGCAGCCAGGGCCGUUCUGCCAACGGUCACAGAUCAGGCAUCCGCCAUGCAACUGAACAAUACCUCGCAACAGUUGGGAUCCUCAUUGGCGGAUCUAAGAUCAGCGGUGACGCGUGCCAGAGAAACCUGUGGUGGAUUGGAGCUCGAUGCCGCAGAGGAGUUGAUAAAUAGUUUGAAAGACGAGCUGGGCGAGUUCUAUCGCGCCGUUGAGGCUGCCUCGUUGAGACCACUACCGGAAGAGACAACGGAAUCUACUGCUUUGCGACUCGGCGCCACAUCGAAGAAUGUUGGAUUUGCUAUGGCGCAGCUAUUAUCCGCCGCCAAACAAGGUAACGAGAACUACACCGGAAGCGCUGCUAGAGAGACCGCAUCGGCCUUGAAAGAUCUCACUUACGCCGUGCGCGGCGUAGCCGCUACAUCUAAUCAACCGGAAACGCAGAAGAAAGUACUGAUGACCGCCGAUGAUGUGAUUCUGCGAUCAUUGCGUUUGGUAAAGGAAGCACGACGCGUACUGAAGAAUCCCGACGAUCCUGAGAACGAGGCCAACUUAGCCGUGGUCGCUAAAGAUGUUUCCAAUUCCUUGAACAAGUGCGUGUCCUGUUUGCCCGGACAGAGAGAUGUGGACGAAGCGAUACGCAACAUUGAUGAUAUGGCUCAAGUGCUCAACAUGGACGAGUUCCCGCAAACGAGCAAGAGUUAUGGACGAUUACAGAGCGACCUCAAUAACGCGGCUGCCAAUCUGAACGACGCAUCUUCAAACAUAGUGUCGUCCGUGCGUUCACCCGUGCAGCUAGCAAAUUCAUCCAAACAAUUUACCAAUGCAUUCGGCGAUCUGUUGGGCGUGGGUAUGGAAAUGGCGGGUCAGACAACGAUCGAGACUCGUAGCCAAGUGGUGGUAUCGCUGAAAAACGUCACUAUGACAUCCGGCAAGCUCCUCGUGACCGCCAAAUCAGUGGCGGCCGAUCCAACCGCGCCGAAUGCGAAGAAUCAGCUUUCGGCAGCAGCACGCGCGGUCACCGACUCCAUCAACUAUUUGGUAGACGUGUGCACUUCGGCAGCGCCUGGACAGAACGAAUGCGACAACGCUAUUAGGAAUAUUCAGUCUAUGCGAUCUCUACUGGACAAUCCGAGCGAGCCUAUCUCCGAUGCAUCAUAUUUUGAGUGCUUAGAAACCGUCAUGGAGAAGAGUAAGAGCCUCGGUGACGGUAUGACCGGCAUCGCGAACUACGCGAAAAAGUCGGAACACGAGAACUUCUCCGUAGCGGUCCGCGGAGUUUCUUCUUCGAUCUGCGGUCUGAUAGAAGCCGCAGCUCAAGCUGCUUACCUCGCGGGAGUGAGCGAUCCUACAUCGGUAGCAGGUAAACCGGGUUUGGUGGAUCAAGCGCAAUUUUUAAGAGCAGCGCAAGCCAUACACAGUGGCUGCCAGAGCCUUGGCAAUCCGACUACUACACAAGAGCAAGUACUUUCGGCCGCUACCAUAAUCGCCAAGCACACAAGUGCGCUUUGUAACGCCUGUAGACUUGCUUCCAGUAAGACCAGCAAUCCAGUAGCCAAGCGGCACUUUGUUCAGUCCGCCAAGGAUGUCGCCAAUUCGACGGCGUGCCUCGUUAAGGAGAUUAAAGCGCUUGACAAGAAUUAUUCCGAUACUAAUCGCGAGAAAUGUGCGGAAGCUACGAAACCAUUGCUCGAGGCAGUCGACAAUCUCUGCACAUUUGCAAGCUCUCCCGAAUUUGCGAGCCAGCCGGCCAAGAUAUCUAUUGCGGCUAGAGUCGCCCAAGAACCGAUCACUAGCGCCGGCAAAUCCAUCAUUGAUGGUUCGUGCGCCAUGGUGCAGGCGGCCAAAAGUCUCGCGGUCAGUCCGAAAGAUCCGCCGACUUGGCAGUUAUUGGCUAAUCACAGCAAGAGCGUCAGCGACUCGAUCAAAUCGCUAGUGGCAUCGAUUCGCGACAAAGCGCCCGGUCAGAAAGAGUGCGAUGCGGCGAUCGAGAAGCUGUCAGCACGUAUACGUGAACUCGAUGCUGCUUCGCUGAGUGCGGUUUCGCAGGCUCUAGUGCCGCGCCGCGAGAACACCGUGCAGGGAUUCACCGACCAAAUGGAGAGCAGCGCGAGCGAAUUGCGCGAGAAACUGGAACCCUUGCGCACUGCCGCCAAGUACGAGGCGGAGAACGUUGGUCAUGCCGUCAAUCAGAUCGCCCUUUAUUCGGAACCGCUUGUCUCUGGUGCGAUCGGUGCUGCAUCCAACAUGGUGCACUCUAAACAGCAAAUGGUGCUGCUGGACCAGACGAAAACUGUGGCUGAAUCAGCAUUGCAACUGAUCUACGUUACGAAAGAGUCCGCUGGUAAUCCGAAAGCCGUUGCGUUGCACUCUGAAGUGGAUGAAACCGUCGAAUCCACCAAAGACGCGCUUCAGGAACUGCAAAAUACCCUCGAAACUAUAUCUACAUCUGCGGGCAUUGUUACCGGCCUGAUCGACACGAUUUCUCGCGCGAUGGUUAGACUAGAGGAUCAUCGAAUGUCCACUAUCGACACCGUGGAUUCUUACGUGGAUUAUCAGACAAGGAUGGUCGAAGCUGCUAAAGAGAUUGCUCGUUUGGCACAAGAGAUGUCGACCAAAUCUAGCACAGAUGUGGCCAGAUUGGGUCCCUUAGCGGUCGACAUAUCGCACAAAUAUACUCAGCUUGCUCGCGACACUUCUGGAGCGUCCGCAGCCGCAUCCAAUGCUGAUGUGUCUGCCAAACUUCGUACCGGUGUCCAGGAACUUGGCCGCGCUUGCGCAGACAUCGUUCGCGCUGCUGGCACAUGUCAGAUGUCACCCGGUGAUGCUUAUGCCCAACGGGAAGUCGCGGAACAGAGCAAGAUUGUGACCGAGAAAGUAUCGCAGGUAUUGGCCGCUUUACAAGCGGGUUCGCGCGGCACUCAGGCAUGCAUCAAUGCUGCCAGCACUGUUUCCGGCAUUAUUGGCGAUUUGGACACCACCAUCAUGUUCGCCACUGCUGGCACACUGCACGCCGAGAAUGAAAACGAUACAUUUGCCGAUCAUCGCGAAAAUAUACUGCAAACCGCUAAAGCACUGGUAGAAGAUACGAAGACAUUAGUCGCUGGAGCAGCAUCCUCGCAGGAACAGCUAGCAGUUGCGGCGCAGAACGCGGUUUCAACCAUCGUCCAACUCGCCGAGGUCGUCAAGUACGGAGCGGCUAGUCUGGGCAGUCAGAAUCCAGAGGCCCAAGUGAUGUUGAUCAACGCCGUGAAAGACGUCGCUUCUGCACUCGGUGACCUCAUACACGCUACUAAGGCUGCCAGCGGCAAGCCCAUCAAUGAUCCCAGUAUGGCACAUUUGAAGGAUUCCGCUAAGGUAAUGGUGACAAAUGUGACAUCGCUGCUGAAGACAGUGAAGGCUGUGGAGGAUGAGCACACGCGCGGCACCAGAGCGCUGGAGUCUACCAUCGAGGCUAUAGCACAAGAGAUUCGAGCGCUCAACAGCUCGGAGAACCAGAAGAGCCACGUGACGCCAGAGGAUCUCGUACGCUGCACGAAGAGUAUCACUCUAUCGACGGCAAAGGCGGUCUCCGCUGGAAACAGUUGCAAACAGGACGACAUAAUCGUCGCCGCCAACAUGGGCAGAAAGUCCAUCAGCGAUAUGUUGACGAUCUGCAAGAGUGCGGCCUACAAUUGCGCCGAAACCGCCGAGCUGCGCGACCGUACUCUUCAAGCGGGUCACGAUGUCGCCAUCAAUUAUCGAGAGUUGCUUCAGGCCAUUCUGCAAAUAUCGUCCAGAUCGGGUGACGCCAAACAUACUCUACCGGUGAUCUCGCGCAAAAUUGCGCAGAGUGUAACGGAGUUGGUGGCAGUGGCAGAGUUGUUGAAAGGCAACGACUGGGUCGAUCCCGACGAUCCUACGGUGAUUGCAGAGAACGAACUGCUCGGUGCGGCCGCUAGUAUUGACGCGGCCGCCAAGAAAUUGGCCAGUCUGAGACCGAGGAGAAGCAUUCAGGAGACCAACGAAGACAUGAAUUUCGAUGAGAUGAUUCUGGAAGCCGCCAAGUCGAUUGCUGCUGCUACCUCGGCCCUGAUAAAAGCCGCCAGUGCCGCUCAACGGGAACUCAUCGCGACCGGCAAAGUGUCGCGCACGCCGUUGACCAGUUCCGACGAUGGUCAGUGGUCCGAGGGUCUCAUUUCGGCCGCUCGAAUGGUAGCGGCUGCCACUCACAGCCUCGUGGAAUCCGCAAACGCUCUCGUUCAAGGAGUAAGCUCCGAAGAGAAGUUGAUCUCCAGCGCUAAGCAGGUUGCCAGCAGCACGGCGCAACUGUUGGUCGCUUGCAAGGUCAAAGCCGACCCUGACAGCGAGAGCACAAAGCGCCUACAGGCAGCUGGUAACGCCGUGAAACGUGCUACCGAUAAUCUCGUACGCGCUGCGCAACAGGCUAUCCAACAAGAGGAGGACAGAUCAUUGGUCCUGAACCGCCGUAUGGUGGGCGGUAUUGCGCAAGAGAUUGACGCACGCUCGGAGGUAUUACGAAUUGAGCGCGAGCUGGAGGAGGCCCGAGGCAGACUUACCGCCAUUCGUCUGGCCAAGUACAAGAACCGGUCGGAUCUGGCCGAUGGCGAUGGCGACGUAGCAACCGAACAGAGCGGCUACCAGAGUUACACCACCCGAUACGAAACAAGAGCGUACGAGCCGCAAACUACGCCCUCGCCCAUUCAAACAAUGAAUCACACUCUAGACCAACUGCAGUCCACUACGCAGCACAUCAGUCAUCAAUUCGGCGAUCGACAGAAUCUGAUUAGUCCAGAAAAGGUACACUCGACGCAGAGCACGCUCGAGAGGAAGAUGAAGGACAGUCAGUAUCACCGAUCUACUGUGGAUAAUCAAUACGGAUCCCUGGAUAGAAAAUACAUCGAUGGUCAUCAAGAGAGGAGUCCGUACAUUGUUACCGAGAAAAAGAUUAUAACAGACAAUUCUCCCGGCCAAUACAGCUCGAUAGAACGGAGGAUCAACCAGGAGAGUUACAUCGCGGAGAGGAGGCACGCAGACGGGAUCGUUUCGUAUGCGCCGCCGCCGCCGCCUCAACACAUCUUGUACUCACCGAAACCUCCCUCGACCAUCCCCAAAAUCGUUCAAGAACAAACUCUGAACGAUCCGAAGUCUCCACAAGAUCAGCAGAAAUAUCCGACCGAUCGGUUCUCAGGCGUGAGCCCGAUGAGCACGUUCCGUUCCGAAAAGCAAAUGGAUACUCAACGAUUCGGUAGCGGCAUUCCGCAGCAUCAAACUUUCAAGAAUGUUGAGAGCAAGGUCAUCCCCGGCGGCAGAAUUGAGACUAUCACGACGAAGAUGUACACGUCCACGCCCGGCAAGAGCAGCAGCUCCAACUACGAGGCUACAGAGGAGACUAAGGAGUACGCAACAUCCGGUAAUGAUCUGUCGACAUUCAAAGGCUUCGACAACGAUACUGUCGAAGAACGCAAGUCGAUGCACAAAGUCACGGAGAAAAAAACCGUUACUAUGACGAUGUCAAGUCGGCAAGAAUCCAACACGAAAACCUUCCGUUACGAGGAUAAGCAAUGAAAUUGAAAAUAACGGAACGACGAAGUCCGCUUGCGCAGUAAUUUUGUCGAGAAAUAAUUUUAAGAAAAGUAAUCCGUCUAAUUCGUAUGGCUUAAAAGAACGCACUAUAUAUGGAAACGCGAUAAGGUAUAGCGCAAAAUUGUUUUAACAAAAUAGUCUGUCGAUUAAAAUCAGUAGUAUAUCCAGCUUUUGUACCGAGAUCGGAACGAGAAUAAUUCGGCAGUGAUAUACUUGACGUAUUUCAUAGCAAAAAUAUCCAAUUUCGUUGAACAUAUUGUGCGUUAUAUGUCAAGAACGUACAUUCAAUUUAUCGUUUCGAUGCCUCGAAGCGAAGAGAAACGACAAAUUAUUUAUACGUAAAAACAAAUAUAGAAAGUGCCCUUAGAUAGAUAUAACACUCGUGCUUUCGAUCUGUAGCCUUACGAACGUAUUUCGAUAGCCGUAUACAAACAACGAUCUUACGACGACGAGUUGAGAUUGCACGUAAUAUUACAUAUUUCUGAAAUAUAAGAGAACAACUAUAACUGUUCACCUCUGUAUUCGCGCAGUAAGGUUUCUUUUUUUGCUUACCGUACUUCUCGAGGAUAUUUAGACAUAUGGUAAUCGUGCUUGAUUUAAUAUAGAAUUUAAUUUUAUGUUUACUCAUUUACGGGUUAAGAAAAACCACGAAUUAACAAGAGAAGCAACAUAUCAUUUAAUUUUAUUAAUUUUUCCGAUGCCGCGCGGCGCCAACAUUGGCCCGGCGAAGCACCAUUACUAUUAACACUUCCCGCUUUCUCGAUUAACCUUUUCCCCCUUUCCACCCCGACGUCUCUAUUUAUUCCGAGUAUCUUUCACUAUCGCAAAACUUCCUCUUUCUAUCUGUUUCAAUCCGACUCUUAUUAUGUUUCUUCUAAUGCGCGAUCUAGGUGCCUGCAGGCGGUAGCUCGUUUUCGUGAUAAGUUUAUUAAUAGGACUCAUUCGCGCGAGCCUAGUUAGACUUCCGUGAAUGAUCGAUUAGUGCAAUUGUUAGUCUCCUUUUCUGCGAAUAGACAUAGGUUACUGUUAUAUAAAUAUCCCGUAAUAUACGAAAUUCGGGAAAAAUCUCCGACAUCUGAAACUAAGGGUCUCCAACGAGAAAAGUGCCUAAGUUUAAUGAGCUGCCGCUUUCUCUUUUAACGUAGCGAUCCUAUAGGGGGUUUCUAAUAUUACCAAAAAUCGAAUGCUUUAUUAAUGUGUUUAAUGGGAUGGACAUGCCGAGCAAACGGCUGAUAUCAAAGCUCUUCUUCCAAAGCGAUACGCGUGCUCGUUUUCUUUUUUUUUUUUUUCUACCAUCGUGUAUCUUUUAAGAGCAUCAAUCGCUGAUCGCGAGUUUGUUUUUAGAUUCGCACAAACCGACGUCUCAAUAAUAGCGAGACACUUGAUCAUCACCGAUUCUGUCAAUCAGUCUUGUCAAUUAUGUGUCUACAUUGUCAUCAUAUUAUAAAGCGACACGAAAGAAUUAUCAUUUUUACUGGAUAAUUGUUGGAUUUAGGCGAGAAUUGUGGGAGUAGAGAUGCGAAGAAAUGGAAUAUAAAUAAUCGUGCAUCGCGAUCGGUUUGUGCGGAUCUUUGUAUCUAAAGGAAUGUGCCAUGAUAUAUUACGAAUGUACCGGAAGAGAUAACACGAAUUACAUAUUAAUGUAAUAGAUUUUAUAUAUUAUAUAUAUAUAUAUAUAUAUAUAUGUUACAUACGAGAGACGUUCGCAUAUAUACAAGAUAACAUAGCGAGAUCUUUGCAAUUAAAAUGUUUUUCGUAUAUCGUUUUAACGGUUUAUAUAUUGACUACGUAGAGGGUAUUUUUAUAUGUAGUAUAUAGAGGCUGCACGCGCGCGAGAUAUCUGGUUCUAAUAGUGGCUCGAUCCUAGUAUCGGUGUUUCCUAGUGUCUUCAUAGUGUCUAAUAUCAGCGGAAUGCAGAUAUUCUUUUAUAAAAUUAAUAACGAAUCUGUCGGAAGGAACCGUCUCUUUAAAAAAUAGCUUGUAUCUCUUUGCGUUUAUCAGAAUCAUCCGCUCUCUCAUUUUGGUCUCCGUUCGUCGCUGUUUUUGAUUGCAUUACUGUAAUCGUUCAGUAAAUGAUGUACUCGAUUUAAUUUAUUUAAAUAAUUAUCGUCGCGAAAAUAGGACCAAAAUGAGAUCAUU